GUCUAUCAUGCCAUUAGUAAUCAGGGGAAUUUCAACUUCAACUACCUCUGUUUUCUAGUCUGCGCGGCUGUCGUUGCAGACAUCGCCUUGGUCACCAAUUCCGCGGCCUGUGUCUUCGCUAGUAUGCUUCUCUCCCCAGUUAUGGCAAUUGUGUUAGGGGUUCGUAAUUUAAGUCGACAGUGCCUCAUUGGCUUGGCUCAUUGA